CGAGAGCAUACCGGAGCAAAGUGUACCAAGCCCUGCCUCACCUAAAUCCUUGCCGCUCCCAAAGGCCAUGGACCCUGAUGGCGAGUGUGUACCUGAGGAAAGUGUACCAAGCCCUGCCUCACCUAAGGUCUUGCCGCUUCCAAAGAUUGUGGAAUGCUACAGUUUGCAACAAAGCAGUGAGUGGGAUCGCUACGUUUACAUCAACAUAGUGGAUGAAGUCGGAGAGUACUGCAUGGAUGCGAAUUCGUCAACCGCUACCUGGGAUGAGUACGUCGAACAACUGGAGAGAUACUGUGCAUCCAUCGACAUCUCGAAAGAGAAAGUGAUGCGCGCAGUAUUACUCGGAUGUUGCGGAAAAGUGACGAACCAGCUCAUCGAGCGAUUGGUCCAGCCCGAUAAACCGACGACGGUGCCUUACGAAACGAUCAAACGAGUCGUUCGCGAGCACUUGGGUGGCAAGCCGUCCCCACUUCGAUCGAGGUUUCUUUUCUUCAGGCGAAACCAAGAACCGAGUGAAUCUGUGACGGACUACGCGACGGAUCUUCGGAAGCUCGCAGAAGACUGUGGUUUUGGAAGUGAGGAAGUUGCCGUGGACGUCAUGUUGAGGGACCGCUUUGUGUUUGGCAUUCGAGACGACGCCCUACGGGAACGUCUGCUCGACAAACGGGAUCUGACCUUUGAUGCCGCUUACGAAAUGGCUUUGAAAACAGAGGCACCUUGUGAGAAGCAGUUCAAGACUGUUGGUGUGGAAUGAUGCAGCUAUCAAAGGGAGACGCUGUGUCACUCAUGUACACGGUGUACUCGUAGUGGCAAGUACAGACAGACUAGGUGCAAGUGAAAUUAUUGUGAUAUACGGUUUUGUACUUGAAUGAAAUAGAAGUAUUACUAGUCAAACUUGCUUUAACAAGUCAUUCCAGCUAGAAGUGACAAAUGGAGCUUGUGACUACUUAAUAAUAAUUAAUAAUAAUAAUAAUUGUUGGGGUUUAAUGUCCUAACACCACAACAUGAUUAGGAGGGAUGCUGUAGUGGAGGGCUCCGGAAAUUUCGAUUGCCUGGGGUUCUUUAACGGGCACCUAAAUCUAAGUACACGGGCCUCAAGAAUUUUCGCCUCCAUUGAAAAUGCGGCUCCCACGACCGGGAUUUGAUCCCGCGACCUUCGGGUCAGCAGUCGAGCACCAUAACCACUAGACCACCAUGGUGGGUGGAGCUUGUGGCUUGUGAGCAACAUAUUAAUGAGUGAGACAGACACUAGAGGAUAAGAAAUAAUAUUCAAAUAUAGAAGAAAAAGUUGGUCACCAUUAUACAUGUACAAAGAAAAAAAAAGCCUGGAAGUUUGAGUGCUACUGUUUAAGUUAUACUGAAGCUGUGCUGUUCCUGUGAGUGGGCAUUGUCAAAUUGGAAGAAUGUGCCUUGGUGGUUUGAUGAUGUCCUGCUGCUUAAAGCAGUAUGGUCGUGGUGCUGACAUCUGGCAACAGUGACUACAUUGUGACUUCACAGCGCGUUGUCAAGGGCUCUCGGUUUUCGCGCAUCCGGCGAGCCGCCAAGCUGGGAAGCGGUGGAGGCUACGAAGCGGCGGCUCGAAUACUGGUGGAAAUAACAGGUCGAGCAAACGCGCGCGCCGCGGCGGCUAUGAAAUUAAGCAAUUUAUAAAAUAUAAUAGCUAAGUUGUAUUGAAAUAACCGUUCUAACAGAUAAAAUUUUUUGCUGAUUGAGCGGGAUAUAGAGGCAUCAGAACGCAAAGAAGUGUAAGUUGUGAUGCGUAUAGCUUGACUUUGUAUAUGCUGAAGGGGAUGAAGAUAAAGAUAUGCGUUACCCCAAGCGAUUACACCAUAGUUGAUAUGAGAAUGAACAAAUGCAAAGUAGAGCGAAAACAAUGCAUAAGGUGAAAAUUACUGGCGUGCCAUGACGUGCGCACGGAUACCGAAGGCAGGCUCUUCUUUUAACAUCAUUGAUGUGAAGAUGAAACUUGAGAUGGCUGUCCAAUGUCACACUUAGGAAUACAACGGAGUCGCUGAUGGGAAUAAAAUGAUUUCCUGAUGUUAUGG